AUGUUAAGUGCCUUGGAGAAUAUCAUUGCUACUUUACUCCAUGUAGAAAUCAUACUUGGUAUUUUGGGGAAUGGAUUUAUAACACUGGUGAACUGCAUUGAUUGGUUUAAGAAGCGAAAGCUCUCCUGGACUGAUGGAAUCCUCACUGCUUUGGCGAUUGCCAGACUUUUUCUUAUUUUGACAAUGAUGGUUCGGUUUAUGAUGGAUUUUUAUGUAGUUUUGCAUCUUAGCAGCCAAAAAAUUAUAUUGAUUACCAUUGCAGUGACCAUUGGCAAUCAUUUUAGUGUCUGGCUUGCUGCAGGCCUCAGUAUCUUUUACUUUUUCAAGAUAGUCAAUUUUUCAAAUCCUGUUUUUAUUUACCUAAAGCACAGAGUUGAAAUGGUGGUUUUGGUAACCAUGCUGGCAGCAUUAGUAUUUUUGCCUUUUAUUCUUGCCAUGACCAGCAGAUAUCUUAGCAUCCGGAUACAGUCAGAUGGAAAAAAUAUGACUUUAAGUUCCAAAUGGAAUGACAAUGAAAAAUUUGUAAAGCUGAUUUUAUUCAUCGUUGAAGCCUUUGUACCAUUUUUCAUAUCCCUGAAGUUUUUACUUCUAUUAGUCUUCUUCCUCUGGAAACAUCUCAUGAAUGUGAAGACCAGCACAACAAAAUUCAGAAAUUCCAGCUUGAAGAUUCACGUAACAGCCCUGAAAAUCAUGACGUCUUUCUUCUUCCUGUUUGCUACUUAUUUCCUGACUUGUCUUGUAACAACUUUCUAUCAUGAGGAGUUGAAGAACAAAUUGGUUCUGAUGUUGGUUCUGACAAUUGCAAAUGCUUGUCCUUCAGUUCACUCGUGGAUCCUGAUUCUGGGGAGCCAUAAGCUAAGAAAGGCUUCUCUUUGCCUGAUGUGA